UUAAAUUUGGACAUAUUGGGUCAUCUCGAUCUUUUACACAGAGGCGGCAUGGGAAGAGGAAUACUAGAAGUACUGCUAGUGGAUGAAGAAGGCAUUAAAGACAACCACAAAUGUAUUCUUGGUUGUUUAAACUGGCUGAAUCCUUGUAAGAAUGCAAGAAAGCCAUAUGUUUGUGUUCAAUAUGGGAAUCAACAACGCUUAAGCUGCGUGGCUAAGAGAGGAUCAGACAGGAAAAGAAUAUGGAAUGAGAAAUUCACAUUUGAGGUGGAGUAUCCAGACUUGGGCCUGGGAGAUGAAGAACAACCCCAAUAUAAACUCAUUUUCCGUGUCAUGAACAAGCAUAAAUUCUCCAAAGAUGAAUUUCUUGGAGAAGCAAGGAUUCAUGUGAAGGACAUCCUAUCACUGGGUAUGGAGAAAGGAAGGUACGAAGUAAGACAUCAGAAAUACAGAGUGGUGGAGUUAGACAAGACAUACUCUGGUGAUAUCUCUGCUGUCAUUACAUUCAUUAAGAUUGGAAAGGGAGAAGACAUUGCAAGCUGCAAAAGCAGUGAUAUACAAGCUAAUAAGAUUGUGAUUUGAAGUUGGGUUAGCAACAUUAGCUAAAAGAUUAUCCUCUUAACAUUAAUUAACUGAUAUAUUUAUUUGUUCGAUUGUCAAAUUGUAUUUUGUUAUUUUUCUCAACUAAAUGGUAAAAUUCUAUGUAUCUAAUUGUCAGUAUUAAUCUAAA